AUGGCUUCACGAUAUGACGAUUGGCAAUCAAGUAAGAAAACAGUCUUACAAAGAAACGCGUAUAUGUUUGAUAACGAAUUGAUGAGCGAUGUAUCUUUCACGUGUGGGGAAUCAAGUCGCAUAUUUCAUGCACACAAAUACGUGCUUGCUACGAGCAGUGCUAUGUUUUUUGCCAUGUUUUACGGGAAUUUAGCCGAGAGAGAAUCUCCCAUUUGUAUCCCAGACGCGGAAGAAGCAAGCUUCGAAGAGUUUCUGCGAUUUCUGUACACUGACGCUUGUAAAAUAACCGCCGAGAACGCGAUAGUUGUUAUGUAUUUGGCUAAGAAGUAUCUCGUUUCGUCUUUGGCGGAGAAGUGUUGCGAGAUUCUAGAGGACGGCAUCAAGCCUGAUAAUGCCUUCGCGGUGUUGAAGCAAGCGGUGCAAUUUGAUGAAAAAGAGUUAGAAGAAAAGUGUUGA